GCGGUGGCGUCGCGACGCCGGCGCAGUUUCGUCGAUCGAUUCCACGUUUUGCUAGCCGUGUACUCUCUCUCUCCGUUGGGUGGUGUGCAAGCGAGGUCGAACGGAGACGGCCAACUAGAAGGAAGAAACGGCUACGCGUUGAACGAGGAAGGAGCUCGAGGGUGAAGAAGAAGCGAGAAAGAGAGGGCGGGUGGCGAGGGUGAGAAAGAGAGUGACAGACGAGGAGUGGGCGAGGAGGGACGAAAAGGGAGAGCCGGACGAGGUAUUGGUGCGCGUGUCUUUCGGCGACAACGCGUACGAACUGAACGUGUGCAGGACCCGAAAAAGGUGACAGAUUACGGGGAAGGUUUGCUCGGGCCGAAAAAACUGGCCGGUACUUUCGGCUGUGUGCCUCCCUCGGUUAAAAAUAUUCGCGCACAGCGGUGCAGGAUGUCAGCGUUGCGGAUUUAGAAGAGACAAACGUAACCUUCUCGCAGGCUGGACGCCGGGAUCGAUCGUAAUACAGUCUUCUUAACAGCCGGCUGACACUGGCCCGAAGACAUGGAUUACCGGUCUAUUGGCACCAGGUGCGAGGAUGAUUGCCUGGAGAACGAGAAAGGAAUCGGUUUUGCGAACGAGCAUAAGGGCGCGUCGAAACGUGGCGGCUCGCAUACGCGCGGCACGGCAAUNNNNCGCGGCACGGCAAUGUCCUUUGGCUUUCGACGAAGACCGGCCUCCGGGAUACCGAUGCCGAUAACGAGCUACACCACCGAAUCGAGCAUUCUGCAUCCACGGUCGAAAUCGGCCGGACCAGAACAGAAUCGUAGACGGGAUGACGACACCAGUCAGACGAUUCACAAUUCGUCAUCCGGCAGAUCGACGCCGCGGCUCGCUCCGCCCAAGAAAGAAUCCAGCGGGAUUGCCGUUAGGACGAAUCGUUUCGGGUAUCGGCAGUCGCAACCGAAAUUCACCAACAAAGUCAGCGACAUUUGCAGCAGUCACACGGUGAGCCAUUACAAUCAGGAGAAGCUACAACAACACCAGCAACAAGAGGGUUUCGUGAAACAGCCACACAGGGUGGGCCAAGUUUCGAACGUGCCGCAACCGACAAAAGUGAAAUCGUCACCGGUACAUAAUACCGUUUCGUACAACAAUGCUAAUACUAUGCAUACGGACGCAAAUCGCAGAGUAUCAGGCAUUCCAGAGCCAAUCGGCAGGUAUACUCUGCACGCCAGACAUCUGCCUCUACCUCAGUACGCUGUAAGAAUGACCGAUGCGAACUCGAAGGUGGCGAAAACCGCGGCGAAUCAAAGCAGAAAGGUGUCCGCGGCGUCGAAGAGCUCGACGAGCUCGAAGGAGGGCUCGAGCACGGAAGAUUCCGGUGUCGGAAGUCAGCUAGGUUGCGCGGGCGAGACCGAUUCCAGGGGCGUGGAUUAUACGGAUGGAUCUUUAACAAGAAGGCGUGGUAUGGGUAGAUCUAGGAACUUGAGGAUGGUCGUAAAUGGGAAAAGUUUCGAUGUCAGGGAUGUAAGGGACGACGAUAGCACGGUCACCGAGAUAUCUGUUAUACCGUUGCCAAAAACAUUCAUCGCGGCCAACACCGGCCUGGUACGAGAGAGAACCACGCAAUAUCAAAGGAUCGUAAAUAAGGACAAUAGGUAUAUCGAAUCUACGACGUCCAUGUCUACCACCUCGUCAGAGGGUUACGACGAAGGAUUAGGCGAAGAGAAAGUUUACAAAGACAGAUCACAUUCCGAGAAGAUUCCUUCUAUUAAGUCAGACUUCAGUCCACCGAGUUCCGAUGACCCUGAAUACGGUCAUGGAGAAGCUAUGGCCGACGAGUAUUCGUUGAGCUCGAGCGACGAAUGUCAACGUUCUAUGUCUGUACAACACAUGCAAACUUCAUCUUCGAGUAUGUCUAAGUCUGGAACGCUCCCAAAAACUCCAUUGCGUUCCGUGCUUCUUACCAUCGAAGAUCCUGCGUUCGCCGCAGCUGCGGCUACGUCAACAACCCUUAUAGAUGACGAAACCUCGCCUGUUGAUAGUCUUUUCGACAGUCUCACGGCUAGUAUUACUCAGUCGGACACGAAAGCUCCGAAAAGGGAGAACGCGAUGGAACAAUCUGGCAUCGUUAUGGACGAUGACAGUCCUGGAACGCCAACCAACGCCUCGAAUUCGUUAAGCUUAUCGGAGGGCAGAGAGUUUUUUGACGAUGAGAUCGCUGAUCAACCUGGGCUUGUUUUUGACGAUUCGAGGGCUGGCGCUGAAACACAAUCUGCUAUGGCUAGUCAAGUGGUCACCGAGAACAGUCACACUCUGGUCGAGUCUAGUCCUAAAACAGGCACUGGACAUGGAAAAAACGUAACCAAUAGCCCUCACCAUGGCAAACGAAUAAGUCGAGCUGGCAGUGUCGACACUUUAUCUCCUUGUGAAUCUAUCGCUUCUGAUGAUUUGAUAUUGGAUUACGAACACAGCGAUGCGAGCUCUUACGAAGAAAAUCAACAUCGAAUGGAGACAGGCACGGCAUUGCAAGAUAUGGAUAACGCUACAAUUCUCUCCGAAUUGGAGGCCCAAGGCGAAGAAGUGAUGAGGCAAUGGAGCUCUUUAUUGAAUACGUGUCAAACGUUACAAGAAACUAAUGACACCAACACAAUUAACAACAACGUGAACAGUGGAUCGGCCAAUAAUAAUAAUCAACCAGCCAACGAAAUAGGGACCGACUGCGACAAGACGACAAAGGUUUGGCGAAAUAAAUCCGUCACCGAUUCACCACGUUCCAUAGAUAGUACACGUAAUCGUCAAUUCUCCAGUCCUUUAAGAAUAUCGAGAAACAUCCAAUCACCGAGUCUCGACUCCGGAGAUGAAGGGAGUCUGCGAGUUGAUCGCGAUACCUAUCAACACAUGUUUCAAGACAUUGGUUCAAUAAAAACAAUGCUCCUGAAAUUAAAACGGGUACUACAGGAGUCAGAAGAGAACGGUUUGACGAGGGCAGAAACUCUCAACCCAUUCGAUAAUGCUAUGAAGAAUGGUCUCUUCUACAACCUGAACGAAGUUGGUACCGCGGAUGUGAGUACCUCUCCGGGUAGUGGUGGUAGCAGUAUCGCGGAUGAAUUGGCCGAUUUACGUAGGCAGGUUGUCUUUCUGCAAGGCCAAAUUGAGGAUAGAGAUCGAACGAUACAAAUGCUACAGUUCCAAAUAUCGAAACUUCAAGGGCCUAAUGGCGAUGGUCAAACAUGCGCUUUAACCAGUAAUCACAAAAAUCUUUCUUCCCCGAAUACGUGCAACGCAGCGACGCAAACAGAGAAGACACGUCCAGUGUCAGCAGGAUCAUCACUCCUGCAAACACUCCCACAGGAAGAUGUUAUGGGACCUCUAGUUAGCUGUGUGGGAUGGAGUGAUUCUGGGGAUAGACAGCGUCCUCCAUUGCUCGGAGAGCUUAACGGUAACAGAAGCCCACGUAAGUCGACCGAUCGUAUACCACGUACAAUAAAAUGUCGUCAAGAGGAAACUUCGCAUCGUCAAAAUGGACAUACGGAUAAAUUGCCGGCAGAAAGCCCUUCGAACAAGAAAACUAUCAAACCGAAAGAUACCAAGUCCACCGAAUCGAACGACAAGGAACAACAUGACAUAAAAAGGGAAGAGAAUCCCGUGAAAUCGUGUAUUCCGACGGCUAGAAAACCUGCGACAUCGACGCUAAUACCACGAUCAGCGAGGACCUUAACUUCAACAGGCCGACCGCACAAUACGUAACUACUUUAUUUUAAAAAGGAAUUUUAGUUCAUAUUCGCGUGAUCGCGAAGAUCUGCUCAGAUAGCUUGAUAAUUUUAUUUAUAGCUAAAUGAAAUUAUUGCCGCCGAUUCGUAGCAGGCAUGUUGCUACUAUGUGAUAACUAUAUGUAAUCUAGGUGCAUUUUGUUUUAGUUUCAGCAUUGAAAUUGAUACUUCGUUAUCAUUUUGCAAAAUUUUUUUUAUCGUAGUUUCAGAAUAACCAGAAAAUUGUUAGCGUUCGUUACGCGUAAACUGCAAAAAUAAUGUACAAAUUAUAUGUUGAGAGUUAAGGGGGCAAUUCAUAAGUUCCUAUCAUUUAAAGUUCACGUUUCAUUUGAUUUUCUCACAUCGCAUAUAGAAACUAUCACCAUGGUUCAUUCAACAAGAUCAUUGAGUUGUACACAUUGUAAAUUAUUAAUUACUUUCUAUCUGACUAAGUUUAAAGAUAUACAUUCAUUAUGUCGAUGUAUAGCUUUAACUUUCAUUUAGAGAAUACUUUGAGUAAUGUUUGUGAUAUUGUAAAAAGUAUCCGUUUAUCUUGUUGCGUACACUCUUAUGAGAUCUCAUGUGAGCAUUAGUCACAUUUUUAUUGGAUGCAAAAGUUAUAGUACAUAUUUAUUUAUGUUCAUAAUAAUUGACAAUAGUUGUCUAUGAAAGCUUUAAUCGUUAAAGAAAUAUGUGAAUUCUGCAGCUUUUAUUUUUCAUUUUGAUAUCUUAAAAAUUAAUACUACUAAAGUACACUUAAAUGCAGCAGAUACAUACAAAACAUAUAAUCUAUGUCUUGUGAAAUUAUCGUAAUUACACUAUAUGUAUACUACAUAUGGUGUAUGCUAUAGCAUUGUACAGUAAUUUAUUACAUAUGUGGUUAUACUGCAUGUAUGUACAUACAGUAUAUACUAUAGUGCAAUACUAUUGCUAUUACAGCAUAUGUUAAUUACAUUACAGUGUAAUAUUGUAGUGUAAUAUUUUUAAAGUGUACAUUAUAUUCUUUUACAACUAUUGUACUUAGAGUAGAAACACAAGAUAAAGGAUUAAUCAUUGUAACAAUUUAUGUCUUAUACAGACAUAAAAGCUUUGAUUUUAAAUAUAACAAACAUUGAUCUUGAUUGCAAAAUUUUUAACGAAAAAAAAACAAUCUUUUUACAUUAUUUUUUAUUUGAUGUACAAAUAUUUGAUGUCAAAUAAUAGCCUUUAAUCGACCCUGAUAUCAACAGUAAACCACCAUUAUCAAAAUCAGGAUAAUUUUGUAGAUUUUUUUUACGACUUAUGUUACUUAUAAUUUAUUCCAUAGCUGUUUCGUAAGAUUAUAUUUGGUGCUAUUACAUUUUUUUAAUUUACAAUUUAAUUUAGAUCUAAUAUUUAGAGUCUCCUGAUUCAUCGAACAAAAACAUAAAGUGAUUAUAAAAUCAUUUUUUCAUGUGAUUAGUUAAGAAGAAAAAAGGAAGUAAUGAAAUGACAAUGUAACUAAUAUAAAUAUAAUAAAUAAGACAAUAAAUAUUGCUAUAAAUGAUUGGUAAACAUGUAACAAUUUUAUAGAGUUUGGUUCAUAAUAAAUUAAUCAUAUGAUGAUAUG